CCCUCCACCAUCACAUUCAGGAAUCCCUUAAAAGAAACACUCACACUCACACUCACACUAUAUUCCCCAUCACACACAAGCUAGCUAGCUAGAAAGAUCAUCCAUCAUGAGUAGGCCAGGAGAUUGGAACUGCAGGUCAUGCCAGCAUUUGAACUUCCAGAGGAGGGACUCUUGCCAAAGAUGCGGGGAGGUGAGACUUGGCGGUGGCGGCAUAAUUGGUAGUUUUGGUGGAAGGGGAAUGAUCAACCCUGCUGCGUUCAGCUUUACCGGGCCAGAUGUUAGGCCAGGUGACUGGUACUGCAAUGUUGGCAACUGUGGAGCUCACAACUUUGCGAGCCGCUCAAGCUGUUUCAAAUGCGGUGCUUUCAAAGAUGACUUGACCUCUAGUGGUGGUGGUGGUGGUGUUUUUGAUGGUGAUAUGUCACGUGGGAGGGGUUUUGGAUUUGGUGGAGGAAGUGGUGGCGGCGGCGGUGGCAGCAGCCGCUCAGGAUGGAAGUCUGGUGACUGGAUAUGCACCAGGCCUGGCUGCAACGAGCAUAACUUUGCUAGCAGAAUGGAAUGCUUUAGAUGCAAUGCACCUCGGGAAGCCAGCGGGAUAUCUCCCUAUUAAGUCGGUUUGUCGCAUUUCCAGUUCCAGGUACCAAGAAUUUGAGAUAAGAGGAAGAGAGAGAUAAUGAGUGAUUGAUCAGACAGAAUCAAGAAAAGAAAAGAAGAGAGCAACCAGUUGAUAGGAUAUUCUAAACUGACCCCUUUUUGCCCCAAAUCAUAUGCAAUCCUAUCUUUUGAUUUUAUUUCCUUUUUUUUUUAUUGUUUCCUUUUUUAUUUACUUUUAUUUCAAUAGUAAUGGUCGUUCGCUCUGUUAGGUAGCUUAAUUAGGUAAGUUUUAUGGUUAAUUUGAUCUCUAGAUCGAACUCAUGUUUAAUUUAAGGCUGAUUGAUCCCUCAUUUCGUGAGGUUCUUCCUUGAAAUCAUGUUGUUUGGGGAUGGGAAUUCAGUACUCUAGUAUUAUGUUU